GGAUGAGGCGUUGCUUCCAAAGAAAGGAGGGAGGAUAUGGGAGAUAUUAACAUGGGAACUCGUGCUGGAAGAGCUCAAGAAACUGAGCUUUGUCGCCGCACCAUUUCUGACGGUGGCUUUUUUCGCAGUACCUUUUGAAGGUCGUGUCGAUGACGAUGGCCGGACACCUCGGUGAGCUCCCGUUGUCCGGUAUUGCCAUUGCCACCGCUUUCUGCAAUGUCACCGGCUUUAGCCUCCUUUGCGGACUUUCCGGUGGACUGGAAACUCUAAACGGACAAGCCUACGGAGCAAAGCAAUACCAUAGAAUAGGAAGCUACACUUAUUGCUCCAUAAUAUGUGCCCUUCCGAUUUGCCUCCCUGUGUCUCCUCUGGAUGUACAUGAACAAACUAUUGGUGCUGAUCGGCCAAGACCCUCAAGUUGCAGAGAUAGCUUAUAGAUACGCAAUGUGCCUCAUGCCUGCACUCUUUGCCUACUCCAUUCUUCAAUCUCAGGUUCGUUUCCUCCAAUCCCAGAGCUUGGUCCUUCCAUUGUUGUACACCUCGAUCGCAACACUGUGUUUCCAUGUGUCCCUUUGCUGGGUUUUGGUAUUCGAAUCCGGAUUCGGUUAUACCGGGGCGGCAUUGGCUAUCAGUUUCUCGUAUUGGUUCAACGUGAUUUUGCUCGGAUUCUACAUGGGAUACUCAUCAUCAUGUCAGAAAACCCGAACCCUCCAGUUGAAGGAUGUUUUCAUGAGUGUCCAGGAGUUUUUCCUGUUCGCUGUACCUUCUGCUGUAAUGGCCUGCCUCGAAUGGUGGUCUUUUGAGAUUCUUGUACUAAUGUCUGGUCUUCUGCCAAAUUCAAAGCUCGAAACUUCAGUUCUUUCUAUAUGCCUUUCAAGCGACUCAUUGCAUUAUCAUAUACCACUUGGGAUCAGUAUAGCUGCCAGUACACGAAUUUCAAAUGCAUUAGGAGCUGGAAAUCCACAGGCAGCUCAAGUAACCUCCUUCGUCUCAGUGCUCCAUACACUCUUAGAAACACUCAUUGCAAGUUCAAUUCUUUUCUGCUGUCGCCAUGUUUUCGGAUAUGCUUACAGCAGUGAAAACGAAGUCGUGCUCAAAGUUGCACAAAUAGUUCCCCUGGUCUGCCUCUCAUUUAUUGCCGAUGGUUUACAUGCAACUGGUUGCGGGAUUGUGAGAGGAAUUGGGUGGCAACAUAUUGGAGCUUAUGCUAAUCUUGCGGCGUAUUAUCUGGGUGGGAUUCCGGCAGGGAUUUUAUGUGGUUUUGUUUUGAAAUUAAGAGCGGAAGGCCUGUGGAUUGGAAUGUUCACUACAGCAAAACUGAUAUGGGCAAGUGGGCAGGCCACCUUUCACCAUAGAAAUCUGAGAGGGGAACAUUAUGUACAUGAGCUUUUGCUGCUCGUUCAAGGCCUUCUUCUUGCCUUUUUCAUUGCUUUUACAAAUUGGAAGAAGCAGGCUACCAAGGCAAGGGAGAGAAUAUUUCUGGGAACAUUUGCAGGUGACAGUGCAUUAUCCUGA